AUGAUAGAUACAAAGUCAUCUAAUAGUCGUUCAUCAUCGUCAUCGAAAAUUGUGAAAGCUGCAGAAAAACCACGCGAAAUUGAUCAAUGGAAUACAUGUGAAAGAACAAUUAAAAUAUCGAAUAUUCCAUCUUGGAUUUCCAGUGAAGAACUGAAAAUAAUUUGUUCAGCUCAACCAAUUGAGCGUAUUCAUACCCGGGACGAACAAUCCAAUAGCUGCAUCCAAACGGAUUUCGAUCGGAUUACGAUAGGUUUCUGCAGGAUUCGAAGUAAAUCCGGGUUGUGA